UUGGGAGUGUCUUACAUGAUGCUGUUUCUCUAUAACCUUGCCUUAAGGAAGCCUGAAGAUGCAGUUGGAGCACCAUUACCUGGAUACUUCUGGAGAACCACUGACUAAAGUGCCAAGACAUUUGUAUGGACAGAGUUUGCACAGAGAAGGGUGUGAAAGAGGACAGCAUGGGAACCGAGGAUGAAAAAGAAGAAAAUGAGAAGCAAGAAGUGCAUCAGAAACUCUGGCAACCAAGUUUCUACAUUAAAGUUGAUAAGGAGAUUCACUACUUUGCUGGUCAUGAAAUCAGUAUCUGGCAGUCUCUUGACUCCUACGGCGGCAUCAUAUGGCCAGCGGCAGUGGCCCUAUGCAAAUUCCUAGAAACACCAGCAGGCCGAGAGCAGAUCAAUCUACUUGACCAAGAAACUCUAGAACUUGGGGCAGGCACUGGUCUGCUGUCUGUAGUGGCAACAUUGUUGGGUGCCAAAUUAACAGCUACAGAUCUGCCAGAUCUCUUGAGCAACCUGAGAUGUAACUUGAAUCGGAACACAAGAGGUCAUCGGAGGCAUGAACCUCAAGUGGCUGCGCUGUCCUGGGGUCAUGAACUUCAGCAAAGUUUCCCUCACUCAGAGUACCAUUACGACUAUGUGCUGGCAGCUGAUGUGGUCUACCAUCAUGAUUUCCUGGAUGAGCUGCUGGUUACCAUGCAAUAUUUCUGUCAACCAGGCACAACUCUGAUCUGGGCCAACAAAGUUCGUUACCCAUCGGAUUUGGUCUUCAUUGAGAACUUCAAGAAGGCCUUUAAUGUCACACUGCUAACAGAGUUGGAUGAGGUAAGGAUUUACUUGGCAGUCUACAGACAACUAGAUGAGGAAGAUGACCGUAUGAAAAGCAUAAACAAAAAAGAAGAGAUGGAAAACAGGCACAAUUACAGGAAUGAAACAAAGAGAAGUGAGCAGGCAAAGCUGAGAACACAGGAAUGCAGAGAAGCAAAGGAAAAGAGUGAAAGCCAAGGAAGCCAUGCAGAUUACCCCACAGGAGAGGAAAGUCAAAAUGAAAAAGAAUCCAACAAUGGUUCUGUCAAGAAGGACAUGGAACAUGACACAAAAGAGAGACGAAGUGAAGAUGCAGCAUUUGACCAGAAAGUGGAGGAUGAGGAUCAUGAGCCUCAGAAGGAGGAGAAUGAGCAAGAGAAGUACAUUGGUGAAAAGGUCAGAGAAUCUGCAGGUGUGAAGAAAGAUGAAGAAUCCCAGGAAUCAACUUCUAAUGCUCAUACAGGGGAAAGAUCAGAUUGCUUGGAGACAAAUGGACAGUCAGCUUAUCGGAGGGCUUGGGAACCCAACAUGUACUACGUGCCUGGCAAAGAGAUCCACUACUUCUUGGGUCACAAAAUAACUAUAGAGGAAUCCAUCGAUUCUUAUGGUGCCAUGAUAUGGCCAGCGGCGGUAGCUCUUUGUAAAUUCCUGGAAACACCAGCAGGUCAACAACAAAUCAAUCUACUAGAUAAGUCAGUUCUGGAGAUUGGAGCAGGCACUGGUCUACUGUCAGUUGCGGCCACAUUGCUUGGUGCCAAAUUAACAGCCACAGAUCUGCCAGAAAUCUUGAGCAAUCUGAGAUUUAAUCUGAAUCGGAACACGAGGGGGGUCCGGAGACAUGAACCCAAAGUAAUGGAACUAUCGUGGGGUCAUAUGUUAGAAGAAACCUUUCCACGGUCCACUUAUCACUAUGACUAUGUUUUAGCAGCAGAUGUGGUCUAUCAUCAUGGCUUCUUAACUGAGCUUCUGGUCACAAUGUAUCAUUUUUGUCAGCCUGGCACAACAAUCAUCUGGGCCAAUAAAAUACGCUACCCAUCUGAUCUGGUCUUUGUUGAAAACUUCAAGAAAACCUUCAAUGCUACAUUGAUAGCAGAGUUGGAUGAGGUACGGAUUUACUCUGCAACCUACAGAGCACUAAUUGAGGAAGAUGACCUCAUGGAAAACAUGACCAAAGAAGGGAUGGAAAAAGUACACAAUUACAGCAAUGAAGAAAUGCGAAAUGAAGCCCAACAAAAAGAGGAAGGGGUGAAAAAACAGGAAUACAGAAAAUCAAAAGUAGAGAGCGAGAGCCAAGGGAACCAUGGAGAUAAACAGAAUCCAGCAGGAAAGGAAACACCAAAUGAAAAAGACUGCAACAAUAGUUGUAUCACUGGGGACACAGAAGUUGAUAAAAGAGAGAGAGAAAGUGAAGAUUUAAUGCUUCAAAAGAAAGAGGAGGAUGAGGAACAUGAGCCUCAGAAAGAGGAGGAUGAGGCACUUGGGCCUCAGAAAAAGGAGGACAAGCAAGAAGAGUAUGUUGGAAAAAAGGACAGAGAAUCCGAAGGUGCAGAGAAAGAUGAGGAAUCUCAGGGUUUUAUUGAAUACAAAUCAACUUCUAAUGAUCAUAUGGAGGAAAAAUCAGCUGAUGCAGACUGCUUGGAGACAAGUGGGCAGUCAGCUAAUCGGAGGGCUUGGGAACCCAAAUUGUACUACAUACCUGGCAAAGAGAUUCACUACUUCUUGGGUCACAAGAUCAGUAUAGAAGAAUCUAUUGAUUCUUAUGGUGCCUUGAUAUGGCCAGCGGCGGUGGCUCUUUGUAAAUACUUGGAAACCCCAGAAGGACAGGAGCAAAUUAAUCUACUAGAUAAAUCAGUCCUGGAGAUUGGAGCAGGCACCGGUCUACUGUCAAUUGUGGCCACAUUGCUUGGUGCCAGAUUAACAGCCACAGAUCUGCCUGAAAUUUUGAGCAAUCUAAAAUGUAAUCUGAAUCGGAACACCAGGAGUGUCCGGAGACAUGAACCUCAAGUAAUGGAACUAUCUUGGGGUCACAAGUUAGAAGAAACCUUUCCACCGUCCACUUAUACCUAUGACUAUGUUUUAGCAGCAGAUGUGGUCUAUCAUCAUGGCUUCUUAGAUGAACUUCUGGUCACCAUGCAUCAUUUCUGUCAGCCUUGCACAACAAUCAUCUGGGCCAAUAAGAUACGCUACCUGUCUGAUCUGGUCUUCGUUGAGAACUUCCAGAAAACUUUCAAUGCCACACUGAUAGCAGAGUUGGAUGAGGUCCGGAUUUACAAGGCUACACAUAAGUUUUCAGAUGACAAUAACGCUGUAAAUAGAGUCAUAAAGGAAGAGGAAGGGAAAGACAAGGAGGAAGAGAACUGUGGAGAAGACAAAGAGCACGAGGAGAAAGAAAAGAAUGAAGCCUUGGAGAAAGUUCAAAAAGAUGGGAUGAUAGAGCAGGAAGUGGAAGAACAGUAUCAUAGAGAACCUCAAGAGAACAAGGGGCUCCAACCUACAGCAGGUGAACCACAAAAGCUAGAGGAAGAUAGAAAACUUGCAUGCCAUAGAUCACGUACACAGAGUGUACCCCAGCAGAGCAAAGAGAUUCACUACUUUGUGGGUCGCGAAAUCAGUCUUGAGGACUCCACUGAUUUCUGUGGGGUUCAGAGAAGGCCAGCGGCACUGGCACUUUGUAGGUUUCUGGACUCAUCAGCUGGUCGCCAGAAAAUCAAGCUUCUUGAUAAGACAGUUCUGGAGCUUGGAGCAGGCACUGGCCUUGUUUCAAUUGUAGCAACUUUACUGGGUGCCAACGUAACAGCUACAGAUCUACCAGAGGUUUUGAGUAGUCUGAGAUGUAACCUGAAUUGGAACACAAGGCACCAUCGGAGGCAUGAACCUCAAGUGGCUGCGCUGUCCUGGGGUCAUGAACUAGAGCAAAGGUUCCCUCACUCAGAGUACCAUUACGACUAUGUAUUAGCAGCUGACGUGGUCUACCAUCAUGAUUUCCUGGAUGAGCUACUGGUUACCAUGCGAUAUUUCUGCCAAUGGGGCACAAUUCUGAUCUGGGCUAAUGAGGUCUGUUACCCAUCUGAUCUGGUCUUCACUGAGAACUUCAAGAAAGCCUUCCAUGCUACACUGAUAGCAGAGUUGGAUGAGUUGAAAAUUUACUCAGCUACCACCAAAGAAUGGGGAACUAGGAAAGAAGUUGUAGUUGAAAAAACAAAUCUUAAUAAGACUGUGUUUAAAGAAGAAGAGAACCUUGAUUAUCAUAUCUCAACAGACAAUGAGAUGACACAAAAACUUCAAGAAAGAAAUGGUGUUGUCAUAAAUCAACAUGGAGGUGAAAUGAAAGGAGAGGAACUGUCUGAAGAAGUUCAAGCGAUAAAUGAUAGAGAAGAGAACAGGACAGAAUGUUUCAUGGAAUCUCAGAAAAGCAUCAGAGAGCAUGAGAGGGGUCAUAUACAGUUCGAAACAGAAAUUACAGAUAAAGAUGAAGGAUAUGAAGAGGAGACAGCAGAUGAAUCAAGAACUGAAGUAACAGAUUUUAUUAACAGUAACAGAGGAAAGAAGAAGUCAGUCUACCAAAAGGUCUCAGAAAUGGACAGGAAGCUUUGCGAAGAGAGGUACUACUUUGCUGGACAUGAAAUAAGAAUCAUUGACAGCUUUGAGCCCUAUGGACCUACCGUUCGGCCAGCAGCCUUGGCUCUCUGUAAAUUCCUGGAGACCAAUCCAAAGCAGAUAAACCUUAAAAGUAAAGCUGUAUUGGAACUUGGGGCAGGUACAGGUUUGGUGUCUAUUGUGGCCAGUCUCUUAGGGGCCUGGGUGACAGCAACAGAUAAACCAGCUCUCCUUGACAACCUGUCCAGCAACCUGUCUAGCAACACAAGAGGACUCAGCAAGCAUGCUCCACAAGUGGAGGCACUGUCCUGGAACAAUAACCUAUCCCGGUCCUUCCCUCGUGCAACGUAUCACUAUGAUGUUGUCCUUGCAGCUGAUGUGGUAUAUCAGCACAACCUCUUUGAUGAUCUGCUCGCCACCAUGCACCAUUUCUGCCAGCCUGGCACAACCUUGAUCUGGGCCAACAGAGUGAGGACUCAGACCGAGACCACCUUCACUGAGUGCUUCAAAAGAACCUUCAGCACCACAUUGCUGGCACAGAUGGGGGAGGUGGAGAUAUAUAUGGCAAAGACUCAUGGACAGCGAUGGAAAAUAUAGCAUCACUGUCAUAUCAAAACUAUGCCUGCUAGAAAAACCAGCAUAGACCAGCAUGGCUCGUCACCAGCAAAACCAGCAUAUGUUGUGCUCUGUAUGCUAGUCAACCAGUAUGACCAUGUAUGCCCAGCUGAACCGGCUUUAGACCAGCAUAGAAUACGUGCUGAAAACAUGCAUUCCAUGCUGAUCUGUGCUGUUCUUUUCUCAGCAAGAAUGUAUUGCCUUUUUUUCCUAUUUUUAUUUUUGUACAUGAUUUGAGCAGCUGCUCUUUCUAUUGUAUGAACUUCUCAUGAUGAAAUGUACCAAAAAUGGUCUUAUACAAUAAAAUAUUGUAUUCAA